GUUUUGGGGGCAGAUUCGAGUUAUAAAAUGGCGGCCUGGGGCGUGCGCGUCGUCGUCGCAGCCGUCUUGGGCUGAGCGCUGGGCUCUCACCUCGCCGCCGAGCACAGAGACGAGCCCCCGGGGGAUAUGGUGUUUGAGAGUCCGGGCUUGCAGAGCACCAAGUCCUCCCAGGCUCUCGGCGCGCCGGAAGCGACCGAGCGCGCGCAGCCGGGCGACCAGCAGCCGCCUGGAACGCGAGCACCGCGGCCUCGGCCCGCUCGCCGCCGCGCCCACUGCCCCACGAGGACCGCGGCGGUCGCCGGGGAGGUUUGAUAAAAUGGCCAAAAGAAUUGCCGAAAAGGAAUUGACAGACAGGAACUGGGAUCAAGAAGAUGAAGCUGAAGAGGUGGGAACAUUCUCAGUGGCCAGUGAGGAAGUCCUGAAGAAUAGAGCCAUAAAGAAAGCAAAGCGUAGAAAUGUUGGAUUUGAAUCUGAUAGCGGAGGAGCCUUUAAAGGUUUUAAAGGUUUGGUUGUACCUUCUGGAGGAGGAGGGUUUUCUGGAUUUGGUAGUAGCACUGGAGGGAAGCCUCUAGAAGGACUGUCAAAUGGAAACAGCACAGCUAUCACCCCUCCCUUCACCAGUGCACGGGUGGCAACAGAGACCAAGGCAGCCUUCGGUUCUAUGGCUGCAAAUGGCCCCACCACCUUGGUUGAUAAAAAGAUUUCAAAUCCCAAAACUAAUGGUGACAGUCAGCAGCCUUCCUCCUCUGGCUUUGCUUCUAGCAAAGCCUACGCCAGCAACACCUAUAACAAGCAGUUGGCUGCCUUGAACUGCUCUGUCCGGGACUGGAUAGUGAAGCACGUGAAUGCAAACCCACUCUGUGACCUGACACCCAUCUUUAAAGACUAUGAGAAAUACUUAGCAAACAUUGAACAGCAGCACGGAAACAGUGUCAGUAAUAAUUCUCAAAGCGAAGCUGACAAGACGUUGGUUGAAACACAGUCUCCUUCCCUAUGUGGUUCAACAAAAUUACAGCAAGAGUCAUCAUUUUUGUUCUCUGGCAACAAAACCGAAGAUACAUCUGAAAAGAAGACUGAGGUUGUGUCUGAAAAGAAAAUGGACCCGUCACUAGGAGCAACAAGUGCCUCGUUUAAUUUUGGCAAGAAAAUUGAUAGCUCUGUUUUGGGCUCACUAAGCUCUGGCCCUGUGGCUGGAUUUUCAUUUUCCUCUGGAAACUCCAGUUUAUUUGGCAAAGAUACUACCCAGAGUAAUCCAGUUUCUUCACCACUUUCCACUAAAACACUGGAGAGCCAAGCAGAAGGUGGCAGUAAUGAAUGCAAAGGUGGAGAUGAAGAAGAGAAUGAGGAACCACCCAAAGUAGUAGUUACUGAAGUAAAAGAAGAGGAUGCUUUUUACUCCAAAAAGUGUAAACUAUUUUACAAGAAAGACAAUGAAUUUAAAGAGAAAGGUGUAGGUACUCUGCAUUUAAAACCUACAGCAAACCAGAAGACACAGCUUUUGGUACGGGCGGACACCAAUUUAGGCAACAUAUUGCUGAAUGUUCUGAUUCCACCCAAUAUGCCAUGUACCCGAACAGGGAAAAAUAACGUACUUAUUGUCUGUGUUCCAAAUCCACCUGUUGAUGAGAAGAAUGCCACUACCCCAGUUACCAUGUUAAUUCGGGUAAAAACUAGCGAGGAUGCAGAUGAGUUGCACAAAAUUUUACUGGAGAAAAAAGAUGCCUGAACACGUGACAUCAACUGAGGAAUCGUUGCCAAGUUGCUGCUCCCCCCACGCCCCUUAAACUCAGUCAGUUUUUCUUCUCUUCUUUGACAUUCUAAGAACUUAUAGAUAACUUAAAACUUUUGUGAGGAAGAUUAAUAUGGCCAAUAAAACCUUUAAAUAUUAAGUGUCAAGAAACUGUAUUCUCCCUUCUUAAGAACUGUCUAAUGUGUAAAAUACAUUUCAAUGAAAUUUUUGGAAGAUUUUUUAAAUGUUUAUUAAACUAACUGUAAGUGAUUUCAUAAAGGACUGGAAUCAGGGUACCGAUUAGCUUUCCCAAAGGCUCUUCCGACCCGUGGGUGUUCCAGCUGUUGCCGCCGCGGGCGAGGCUUUCCGGUGGCCACAGGCCGCGUCCAGAAAGGAACUUGCCUGGAUGGUUCUUCACCUCUCCUGUGGGCUUGGCCGGCUUGUGAGACGAGCACUCUUAACCAAAUGAAAAAUGAACCAUGCUGCCGUGCUGUGACAGAUGUGUGUGUUUUGCUUUGUUAGGGUUUAUGCUUAAGCUGAAAUGUGAGUACGAGAUGUCCACCUUCAGCGUUAGUCACGAGUCUAUUAUUCGCAGACAUUGGCCUUUACCCCUGUGGGCUGCUUUACCAUAUAUAAUCCAGGAACUGCCUUUUCAUUUUAAAAGGAAAUGAAUAGCUUGAGUUUCUUAGUUUUGUAGGUUUGGGUUUGUAGUUUUAUUCAUGAGGUGCUGUUAACUUCUUUAUCCCCCUAAAGACAAAAUUAAGAUAGAGGGGGGCCUGCCAGAAAUGAGGUUUAAAAGCACAAAUUUGGUAGCUUACCAUUUUUAGACCAUGGACAGUAAACCCUAAUGAAAAGAAAGUUAAGUCAAAGUGAAACCAUAUUAGAAAAGGAAGAUAAUGAUGCUUAUAGUCCUUUGUACCGUGAUGGCCCCUGUGGAUAGAAAAGCUGCCUGUGCAGUGAAGUGCAUAGGAACUUUGAUUACACAUGAGCCAGUGAGUUCACUUGGAAACUAAUGUAAUGAGGUGAUGGAAGAGAAAAUUGAGUGUAAAUUUUGCCUUUAACUUUAGACAGCAGUAUAUUAUACAUUUGAUACCUGCAAUAUCCAUUUACUUUUUUACAAACAAGAUAUUCAGUAUGUCCAUUUGGAAGGGAGCUGUGGUUAUGCACAAGGAUCCCUGUCACUUCUCCAGAGCUGUCAGGUAACUACCGCUAGCAUUCUUUGAAGACUCUGGGCACAUGCAUCAGAUGCAGAAUUUAAUGUUUAAAUUUCUACUUUCAUUUCUCAUGAAUCAUCUAAAACUGGUAACUAGCUUAUCUUACUUAAAGGCUCAGGUUCGGGGCCCAAGGGCUCACACUUGCAUAUUCUGAUCUUCAGUGCAUACUGUGUUCUGACUUAGAAAAGAGUAGUCAGAAUAAUUGUGGAUAGUACAGUUGCUUUUUUAAAACUACAAUCUGUGUGUGUAAAAUGGGGUUCAGUUUUAUGGUCAAAUAUGGUUAACUCUUAAGUACAUGGGGUGUGGUAUUUGGGCCAGCGUUUAUCGCGAGACCCUUGUUCUACUUUGUUUUCUGAUUGCAGUGAGAGUUGGCCCGGCGCGAGCACGUGCGGAGAGAGGUGUGUCUGCGCGGCCGCCGGGCGUGGCCAGGCUUGGCUACACUCUGCGACCGAGGGAGGAAGUGACAAUUAUUUUCACAUUCACUUUUUAGAAUUGAGAAUGUGAGUUUUUGUUACAGAUGAUUUAUAGUAAGCAUGUGGUUGUGCCCAGUUCACAUCAGGUUUAUCCAACUGUUAAAGGAUGAAGAGGAAAUAAGGGGAACAAAUUCCAGUACAUUGCAGCGUAGCCACACAGGCUCCGGGUGCCAGCUUGGAACCGCAAGCUCCGGCAUCUUGAGGAACACUUCAGCCUUGCUGCAGUAUUUUGUUAGCGCCUGCAUGUAUAGUGGAAUGUUUACAAAAAAUGGCAUGAAAAGAUGGUGAUUGGAUUACCUUUUAGCUGCCCUUCCCAUAAAAAUAGUUUAUAUAAUUAGUGGAUAUGUGUGGCUUUCUUUUUUUCUAACAUUCCCAGCAAAUUUUGCUGCUAAGACUAUCACUGUUAAAGUGAAAAUUACAGGGAAAAAAGUGAUGUGUAACUCAAAAUGUGAUAUUUUCUUAAAAUCACUCUUUUAUGCUUUAGGAACUUGUUGGGUCUCCAUUUUAAUUAUGUAUUAGUAUAAAAGAGCCUAAGUAUAUGUGGAUUUUAUUGUAAAAUCUGACUCCUUGUCUGUUACCUGGGGCAAGGGGCCCCUGGAGGGCUUACCUAUUUUUCCCCACUGUGUUAACAGCUAAUUCUGACCUGUGGGUUUAGUUUAAUUCGUUUUUAACAAAAUAUUAGAAGUUAGGCUUAAAAAUGUUUAAUGUGGACCGAAAUUUUCAUCUUUAGUUUGAGAAUCCAUAAAUUGUAACAUAUAUGUGGCCUAAAGUAAGAUGUGUAUUUUUUUGUUGUUAAUUCUAAAAUUGCUUUGCAUCUUGACAAAUACUGAGUAUCCCAGUGGCCUUUUUUAAAAACUGAUGUAUCCAUCUCAUCCUUUUGUGCAUUCCCAGGAGGCAAAAAAUUUGUUGUGCAGUCUUCAUUAUUAGAAUUACAGACUGAAAACAUGUCCAGUUUUUAAAGUUUAGGUUGUGUUUUCCACGGAAGGACAAGUCUGACCAUUCAGGGACUGAUUGUUCUUUAAGAGGAUUGUUCUGUUUUACAAUUUCAAUUCUAAAUCACAUUUUAAUAUGCUGCAUGCCAAAAAUCUACCUCUUCUGAGGUAGAGGAAAAAAAACUAAUAUGCUACCUUACUAUUAGAGUUCAAAUGAAGUUUUCACUGAGAGUCUUUCGGUAAAGUUAAACAAGUUUGUUUUUGAGCAUUUGUCAUUUAUUCUGAUAUUUCAGAAGACUUAAACUGCAGGCGCAAUGGAUUUGAAGGCUUUGCAAACUCCCAAACCCGAGUCUUCUCAUUUGGGAGGUGGGGAUUAACUGAUUUGCCCUGUGGUGUGUGCAAAUGACAGUGAGCUCACCCAAACUGGCCUCUUCCAAUGCAGAGUUCUGAACACAGGGCCACCGUGUGUUCUUGGCCAGUAGCAAUCACGGUAAGGACUGAGGACUCUCCGUGGGAUUCAGACACAGUUGUAAAACUUAGCAAUCGAAUGGAUAAAUUGUUUGUUUUUAUUUUAAAUAGGAAAUUGUUUUCUAAAACUAAAAUACUUGAAUCGUCAGACAAUAUAAUCUCAGUUUGUAUUAGAUUUUGAAUGCUCCCACUGAGAAAGUGUAACAAUCCAUGAAAUGUGAAUAAAUGGAAAGUAAACAAAA